AUGGUAUUGGCUUCAGGCUAUAUCAUGUUCCGGACCCCCAAGUCCUUGGAUGCAGCUGUGCCAUUCGAAAUACCAAACCCUAUACAAGCGGAGGGUAUUGAGAGAAAUGCACACAAAAACAUCAGUCCUGAUUCUACUAAAUACUUCUCCGAACCGGGGGGCAGCUACGAGCUCAUGCAUUAUGACACGAGGUACUUCCAGAAAGAAUUAAAGGCUGACGAGCGGCAAACCGUUUUGGAGGACCUUAUUCGAAGCUAUCUGAAUGUCACAAACCACUACGGAAUCGAGACGUGGCUGGCACACGGCACUUUGAUGGGCUGGUGGUGGGGAGGCCGCAUCAUGCCUUGGGAUUCUGAUAUUGACGUUCAGCUCUCCUUCGAAACCCUGGAUAGCAUUGCCCCGGAGCUCAACUUUACCGAGUACCGAUACGAGUUCCACCACGCGGAUGGACAGCUCGUCUCCAAGUCAUAUCUACUCGACAUCAAUCCAUACUACAACGAGGUCGGCAUGGGUGACGGCAAUAAUGUCAUUGACGCUCGCUGGAUUGACACGCACAGUGGCAUGUACGUCGACAUCACCGCCGUGCGGCGGCGUGACGACUCCGGGAAAUGGAGCUGCAAGGACAGGCAUCAAUACGAGGCAACGGACCUUUGGCCGUUGAGGGAAGCAGAGUUUGAAGGGGCCAAGGCCUUGGUUCCCGCCAAAGCGACCGCCCUUCUCCGUGAUGAGUACGGCCAAGACAGUACAGAGAGGGAGGAAUUCAUGGGGUACGUCGUUCCGUCUCUGAAAAUGAUGUAA